UCGCCGGCGGGGUCGGUGGUGAGCGCCGGGCUGGAUGAUAGCCCCACGGGGCUGAGCCCAGCCCCCGGCAAGGCGCUGAGCCCCGUGCUGCUGUGCAAGGUGUGCGGGGACACCAGCAGUGGGAAGCACUACGGGAUCUACGCCUGCAACGGCUGCAGCGGCUUCUUCAAGCGGAGCGUCCGCAGGAAGCUCAUCUACAGGUGCCAGGCGGGGACGGGGCUGUGCCCGGUGGACAAAGCGCACCGCAACCAGUGCCAGGCCUGCCGGCUCAAGAAGUGCCUGCAAGCCGGCAUGAACAAGGAUGCUGUGCAGAACGAGCGGCAGCCCCGCAGCACAGCCCAGGUCCGGCUGGACAGCAUUGAGCUGGACGCCGAGCUGCCCCCCGAGCACGUGGCCACCACUCGUGAGGUCCCCCCCACACCCUGUCCGGCUCCCCGUGGUCCCGGUGCCACCGUCACUGUCACCCCGGGUCCCCGAGCGCCCACGCCGCCCACCAACCAUCGCUUCAUGGCCAGCCUGAUGACGGCCGAGACCUGCGCCAAGCUGGAGCCCGAGGAUGCGGACGAGACGGUGGACGUGACGGGCAGUGAGCCAGAGCGGGCGACCGGCGAGUACCAGGUGGCCCCGUACCCAGUGGCCAGCCCCGAAAACGUCUAUGAGACCUCAGCACGUCUCCUCUUCAUGGCCGUCAAAUGGGCCAAAAACCUGCCCGUCUUCUCCAACCUGCCCUUCCGUGACCAGAUCCGGGCACUGCAGGAGACCCUCAGUCGCUUCAAAGCAUUGGCCGUCGACCCCACUGAAUUCGCCUGCAUGAAGGCCGUGGUGCUUUUCAAACCAGAGACCCGUGGCCUGAAGGACCCCGAGCAGGUGGAGAACCUGCAGGACCAGUCACAGGUGAUGCUGGGCCAGCACAACCGUUCUCACUACCCCGGGCAACCCGUCAGGUUCGGGAAGCUGCUGCUGCUCCUCCCGGCGCUGCGCUUCAUCUCCUCCGAGCGUGUGGAGCUGCUCUUCUUCCGCCGGACCAUUGGCAACACCCCCAUGGAGAAGCUGCUGUGCGACAUGUUCAAGAACUGA